AUGGUUGACUUUCCAACACGCCAUUCAUCAACUCUGGACCUCUUCUUGACUAACAGGCCAUCCUUAGAGGAUCACAUUCCCUCUAAACUUACUUUUACCCGCUAUAGCCAACCGUGGGUUAACAAUGCUGUAAAGAGGAUAAGUAGACAGAAGAACAGAAGUUUUAGAAAGGCUAGAAAAACAGGGAAGAAAAAAGAUAAUGAUAGAUAUCAAAGACCAAAGAAAGAGGCUAAAAACACCUGCCAGAGUGCUUAUAAUGAGUAUAUCAAGAACAUCAUCAGACCUGACGCAUCUUCAAACCCUAAGCGGUUUUGGAGUUUCAUUAAAGGAAAAAGAACAGAGGCAUCAGGAGUUUCAUCACUCAAUGAUAAGCAUGGAGUAUUAAUAUCAGACAGUGAGAAGAAAGCAAAUAUCCUGAAUGGGCAAUUCUUCUCAGUUUUCAUCAAAGAGGAGAAAAUCGACAACAUUCCUGAUAAGGGCCCUGUUGCUACAGGGCCCAUCACUAUUCCAGGACAUGAAUGUUAUCAACAUCAGUCUGGUGGAAUUAGGAAACUCCUUGCCGGCCUAAAUCCAUACAAGGCCACUGGUCCUAAUAAUGUCCCAUGCAGAUUACUGAGGGAGUUUGCAGACGAGAUAACUCCAGUAUUCCAACUACUCUUCCAGGCUUCAGUUAACCAGGUUACAAUACCAGCUGAUUGGAAGUCUGCAAAUGUAGUUCCAAACUAUAAGAAAGGGGACAAAGAAAAUCGGAGAACUACAGACAGUACAGGCUCUGGCCAAAACAUAGACAACAAGGGACAGACAGAUGUCAUACUUCUAGAUUUUUCAAAAGCUUUCGACAAGGUCCCCCACAAACGCCUCCUGUACAAGUUGAGCUAUUAUGGGAUUAGAGGCUGCCAUCUGCAAUGGAUAGAGGACUUCCUAACUGGACGCAUCCAACAGGUUCUAUUAGAGGGAAAAACAUCAGAUGACUGUGCCCUAUACAGAGACAUCAAAAAUGAGGAUGAUGCUGCACAGCUCCAGAAAGAUCUAGAUGGACUUCAGAGAUGGGAGAAAGAAUGGAUGAUGGAAUUUCAUCCUGGAAAAUGUCAGGUCUUACAUGUUACCAACAAAAGAAAGGUGGUAAACGUACCAUAUGCCAUCCACGGUCAUGUCCUCGAGGUAGUUGAAACAGCUAAAUACCUGGGAAUCUACCUUCAUCAAGGCCUGAAGUGGAACCACCACAUUGACACCAUCGCAAAGAAGGCCAAUCCCACCUUCGCCUUCCUGAGACGCAAUCUACACCAGUGUCCAUCAGAAACAAAGGCCCUAUGUUAUCAGACCUUAGUGAGGCCCAUCUUGGAAUAUGGGAGUACCAUCUGGGAUCCUUACACCAGGGACAGUAUUGGCAAAUUGGAGAUGGUCCAAAGACGAACUGCCCGUAUGGUAACAUCUAACUACAGGACAACUAGCAGCGUAACAGACAUGCUACAACAGCUGCAAUGGACAUCUCUUCAGGAGCGACGUGGUCAAGCAAAAGCUGUUAUGAUGUACCGCAUAGUGUACCAGCUCAUUGACAUUCCACCACUCCUCCUGUUUCCAGCCACAACAACCAGAGGAAACAGCAUAAUGUUCCUGGUUCCUUAUGCCAGAACCCUGGUGUACCAAAAAUCUUUUUUUUUUCCGGAUGGUAUCCUUGUGUGGAACUACUCUCUUCCAUCUCCCUAG